AUGCUGUUCUUCUGGGUUCUGUUGUUUCUUUCUUUUCGCGGGAUUGUCGCGGAGGCGGAGGCGGACGAUGAUUUGAUGUCCUUUGUGACGCUACCGGAAGUGAGAGCGUUGAAGUUUAAUGUUGCAUACUACGAUCGCGAAUCGGUUAGCCCAGGCUACUGGUUCGUUGCGCCAUAUGGCGUGAUUGACCCAGAAGCUCCCACGAAGCAAUGGAAGCCUUGCCAAGUUGGACCCUACAUCUAUGAUGCAGAUGGCACUCUUGUUUGGGCCGGAUCUUGCAUGUUCGACAACCGCAACAUUUUCGAUUUCAAAGCCAUCAACAAUAUCGACGACAAAUCUCAUCUGUCCUUCAUCCUCCAGCAUGGCUACCAGGACGGCGGGAGGGACAAAGGAUACGGAUACAUUCUCGACCAGAACUAUGAGGUCGAGAGUGUUGUGCCGGUGACCAACGAUCUCUCAGCAUUUAACAUGCAUGAGUUCAACGUCCUUCCUGGUGGAAAGACUGCUUUGGCCUGCGCAUACCGCAACGAGUACGUCGACCUGGGAGACCUCGGUCGUCCCAACGAGUACGGCUGGAUUGUUGCUGGUGGCUUCGUCGAGCUGGACACGGCUACCGGCGAUGUCCUCUACGAAUGGUCUUCUCUCGGCUACAUCCCCAUCCACGAGUCCGUGAAAGUCGAUUCUCGCUCGCCGCCCGCUUCCCAACCCGGCUGGGAUUAUGUCCACGUGAACUCCAUUGACAAGAGCUCGACAGGAGACUACCUCUUGUCUGCGCGAUUCACGAGCACCCUCUACCUGAUCUCCGGCGAGGAUGGCCAGAUCAAAUGGCGCCUUGGUGGGAAGUACUCCGACUUCGUUCAGGACUUCACCUUCUCCAAGCAACACCAUGCACGUUUCGUCGAGUCCAACGCCACCCACGCUAUUGUCUCCUUCUUGAACAAUGCCUCUGAUGAGGCCGAAAACGAGGAAGAGACAUCCGCAGCGAUGUUCGUGCAGGUCGACACCACGACGACCCCCAUGACCGCGCGCCUGCUCAAGCACUACAAACGCCCAGACAACGGCCUGACCCGGCUCCGCGGUAGCGUCCAGACUCUCCCGAACGGAAACGUCUUCGUGGGUUGGAGUGAACAGGGCAUGCAGAGCGAGCACUCGCCCGACGGCAAGGUCCUCAUGCAAGGCCGCUUCGCAUCCACCCGUUUCUCGACCUACCGCUCGUACAAGUUUCCCUUCGUCGGCCGCCCCAGCACUCCUCCAGAUGUGGUUGCCUCCGUCUACGGUACCGACGAAACCGACCUGGCGACGAUCUUUCACGUCAGCUGGAACGGUGCCACCGACAUCGCCACCUGGAACUUCUACGCACGAGCCGACCGCCACGGCAUCCCCGUCUUGAUCGGCAACACGACCAAGUUCGACUUCGAGACCAUGUACAUCGCAGACGGCUACCUCGACUGGAUCUCUGUCGAGGCCGUUGACAAAGACAGCAACGUCCUCGGCACCUCUCCCAUCCACCGCACCGAGACCCCACAGAACUGGCGCCUGGCCGGCUUCCAGGGCGACACGAAGCCUACCUCCGAUGACCCGACAAUUCUGUACGGCCCCAAGAAGGCCGAGGUGGAGGAAGAUGUGGAAGAGGAGGACCCCAAUGCCGAGGCUAAGCAAGCAGCCAUGGCCGUAGAGAAGGCGUACGAGGUCAUUCACGGAGUCGGUGGCUUGUUGAUUUCUGUUCUGGUCAUCUGCUCCGCGGGCGGGGUCCUAGCGGGCGGUUAUUGGUUCCUCCGUCGUCGUCGUAUGCAGGCAUACCACGAAGUUCCGUCUGAGGAGGGCCAGUCCUUGACCGAAGUUGAUCGGUCCAGGGAGUAA